AUGGCAAGUGACUGCUUUGGCCAGCCCCAGAAGGAAGCUCGAAGAGUCGGUGUUACACUGGCCUCAUUCUGGUCCCUCUUGCGGGACAUGAGCCGGCGAGCUCAGGAGAGACUGAGUGAAUGGGACAUCGACUGA